CCAUAUACUUGCGCUGUAUGUGUUUUGAUUCAGUGUGCAAGACAUGACGUCAAAAAGGAAAAACACAGAAGUAAUUUCUGCUUUGGCAUCCAAACGUAGUUGCACGGAUGAAGAGAUAGAUUUUAACCCAAAGAAUAAGAAGAGUGUUUGGGGCAUCCUUGAAAGUAUAUCGCUUAGAAACUUUAUGUGUCAUACUCGUUUAUCAAUGAGGUUUUCUGGCGGGGUUAAUUUCAUUGUUGGUCAUAACGGCAGCGGGAAAAGUGCAGUUUUGACAGCAAUUGUCAUCGCUUUGGGUGGGAAAGCGAGCAGUACAAGUCGUGGUACUUCUUUAAAGACGUUAAUUAAAACAGGAACCAGCUCGGCGGUGGUUGAAAUUACUUUGCGAAACAAUGGAGAUGAAUCUGUGAAACCAGAGGUUUAUGGACCGAAAAUCACUGUGGAACGGAGGAUCUCUGCAGAUGGUCAAUCACAAUAUAAAAUUAAAAGUUCAACUGGAAAAGUGGUUUCCACGAAAAAGGAAGACUUAUUGACGAUACUGGAUGAAAUAAACUUACACGUUGAUAACCCAUUGACGUGCUUAAACCAGGAAAUGAGUAAAAACUUUCUGCACUCGAAAAAUGAGUCAGACAAAUAUAAAUUCUUCUUGAAGUCGACCCAGUUGGAUCAAAUGAGCCGCGAUUAUCGGUUUAUUAAACAGCAGCAAAUAACUAUGAAAAGUGUUUUAAAGCAAAAAGAAAAAGCAAUUCCAGAUUUGAAAAAAGAUGUUCUGGAAAAGGAAAGAAGGUUUAAGGAUCUUGCAAGUUUACAGGAACUGAAAGCAAAAGUGGAGGAUUUUAAAGGAGAGCUUGCCUGGGCCCAUGUGGUGCAGUUAGAACAUUCUUUGAAACCAACGAAAAGAGACUUGGAUAAAGAAAAGGCGAGAACUGUGAAGUAUGACGCUGCGCUGAAAAAAUGCGCUGAAAAUGAGACUGGUGCUCAAGCCAAGUUUGAAAGUUUACAAAAGUUGGCAAAGGAAUAUCAGGAACAAAUUAAAUCCAAGGAACCCGGUCGGCAUAAAGCAAAGAAACUGUAUGAUGAGACGAAAGUUAGCUGCAAAGCUGUGGAAAAUAAUUUGGCUAGAGCUGUUCGUUCCAAAAGGGAAGUUGCCAAAGAUAAGCGGGAAAUGGAGAUGAGGAUUCAGGAACUUAAAAACUCCUCUAAAGUUGAUACUGAAGGUAAAAAGCAGGAGAGAGAAGAAAAAUGUGCACAACUGAAUGAAAGAGUGCAGCAGCUGCAAGCGCAGUUGAAGACAGUGAGUCACGAUAUUGAACAAUACAGUCACGCUAUGAAUCAAAGCAGAGAACAGAUUUCAACGCUGAAAUCUGAAGAAGCUAAUCAGCAACAAGAGCAUCGGAAACUAAAACAAACUUUAAAUAACCUGGUUGCUGGGAAAAAGAACAAGUUGCAGCUAUUUGGACCAAAAAUGCCGGAAUUCGUUAAAAGGAUUGAAGAUGCUUUCAUGAAAAAGAAGUUUCGACAUAAACCGAGGGGUCCAAUCGGAAGCUGCCUAACACUGAAGGACCAAUCGCUUGCUGUGCCUGUAGAAGCAGCCAUAAAGUCCUACUUGCAUGCAUUUGUGGUGGAGAAUCAUAAUGAUGAAAAAAUUCUCAUGUCAAUCAGGAAUUCUGUGUUUGCUCCUCAUGAAAGAGCUAGAAUUGCGAUUUACACGAUGAAGUUUUCAAACCAGGUGUACAAUGUUUCCCAUGGUCGGGUAGUUCAUCCUUUGUUCUCAUCUGUUCUCGACCUGCUGGUUAUAAAUGAUCCAGUAGUGGCGAACUGUCUCAUUGAUUUAGGUGGAAUCGAGACAAUAUUGGUGAUCCCCGAGAAUAAAGACGCAUUGUCCACCAUACAACAUUAUGCUCCACCGAAGAACUGCACAAAGGCGUACACAAAGCUUGGUGAUGAGGUUUUCACCGAUCGUUGGUAUUCAAACAGAGAUUCCACCUCUCGCUUCCUGAGAGCAGAUGUUGAAGAGGAAGUUCGGAAAAAUGAAAAUAUGUUGAAGAGCUUAGUAGAAGAGCUGAACGAAAAGAAGAGGCUUGGACAUCAAUUGGAACAAGAUCGAAGCAGGAAUGAACGGGAGUUUAAAUCAAGUCAGCAACGACGUCAUAAAAUUAACGACAAUUUGAAAAAGUUAAAAGUUGAGAUUCGGAAACUAGAAGCAAUUGAAGACCCACAACCAAUAGAUGUUCGUGACUUGGAAGAUGAAGUGAAUAACUAUACACAGCAACUUACUUCACUGGAUUCUGUGAUUGAAGAACACACGCAACAGAGUCAGCAAUACAGUGAGGGCAAGAUGAAAGCAAAGCAAGAAUGCGAUGAAAUUUCAAACCGGAUACGACAAAUCGCGGAAAAAGCUGAAGAACUUAAGGAACAGAUAGACAACGUACUAGCUGAAAUUGACAAAGCAAAAUCAGAGCGAAAACAUUAUGAAGAAGGAAAAGUAAACCAUUUAUCGACCAUUAAAGCCCUGGAAAUGGAGCUUGCUGCUCAGCAGAGUAAAGUUGAAGUUGAAACCAAGAAAGCAAGGAUUAUCUGCAAAGACAGAAUCGAAACACGACGCGCCCCUAACAACAUUGAAAACGAGAUUCGACAAAUUCAUCGAAGGAUUGAAGCUGAAGAAAGCAAGAGGGGUGAUCAUGCUACUGUUGUGAGGGAAUUUAAUGAAGCCAGACAACAGUUUACUGAAAUCAAGCAGAAAAUUAAGUGGUCCAAAAAGUUUUUAGGUGAAAUUGAUAACUACCUUGAUAAAAGGCAGUUUGCUUUUAACCAAAUGAGGUCUCUUAUAUCUAUGAGGUGUACUAUGGAUUUUAAUGUUCUUCUAAACCAAAGGGGGUUCAAGGGGAAAAUGGUUUUCAAGCACGAGGAACAAAUGCUGUAUAUAUCGGUGAAACCACACGAUACAGCUUCAUUAACGGAUGACCUGCGUGCAUUAUCUGGGGGGGAACGCUCUUUCUCAACUGUAUGUUAUAUUCUUGCACUGUGGCAAGCAAUACAGUCACCUAUAAGGUGCUUGGAUGAGUUUGAUGUGUUCAUGGAUAUGGCAAACCGGCGUGUUGCCAUGGACAUGAUGGUAGAAAUGGCACUGCUGCAAAAGAAACGACAAUUCAUAUUUUUGACUCCCCAUGAUAUAAGUGCUUUGCCAAAAUCGCCAGAAAUUCAUGUUUGGAAAAUGGCGGACCCAGACAGAGCUCAAACUACCCUUCCAUUUGAAAGAAAUUAAAAUUAUUCUAAAAUUAUUAUUUGUGCAUUUUGUAAAUAUUUUCAUGUUGAAAGUCACAUUUUCAAUUCAUUGGUUUAAACUUUAAACACUGCCAAUUUAUUUACAAAUCAUUUUAGUCAUAACUACAAUUGCCUACUUUUCAUUUGUUUUUAAUGCAGCAUUUUAUACCAAUUGUAACAAUGUAUAUUUAAUAUCAUAAACAAAUUUGAUCCAACAUUUUUCUCAUACGCAACAGUUGUGUUGGAACAUUACCUAAUACUGCAUAACAUUGUUAUUGUUGAUUUGUGAAUUUUGUAAUUUUUUGAAGGUAAUUGUUAGGUGUUACUAUUAGUUUGUGUAAUUAUGGGCAUCGCUGAAUAGUUAGAAUGUUACUAAGCUAAUAUAGAAUCCAUUGCUGUUGCUAUGAAUACCGAGUAUUGUGAAGUUAGUUUUUUUAAGCCUCAGACUUUGAUAAAACUAUUCUUCAAUUUUCAUUCUGUUUCUUUUUUACAG